GCUGAUUACACACGUUGCGUCACUUGUAAACAUGGAGAUUCCCAUCUCCGACCUGAUGUGUCACAGUCAUGUAUUUCUCUCCCUCAUUUCUAGAUAUUAAUGGAUUGAUUAGAAUAUUUCGAACUAAAAUAUAUUUUUUCAGUUGUUCUUAACUCUAUUGCUAACAGGUUGCCUAUAAUCUCUCAGAACUAUUGUCAUAGCAUGCCGUGCAACUGGAAUUAUUACUUGGUCGUUGGUCCUUAACUUUUGUAAACAAAACUCAGCCAAAUUUAUUUGUAGUCUGUACCUUUGCUCAAUAUGGAUAACCAAGCUUACGAUCCUGACGUGGAAAUUAGAAGUCAAGGAGAUGGUGCUGAAGGCAAUGUAAAUGAAACUUCGAAUUUAAAAAGUAAAGAACUUGAUACAUAUUUUCAAGAAAGAAUAACAAUACCUGAAACAGAUGAUUAUAAAUUUAACUUUCGCAAACUAUGGGCUUUCACGGGACCAGGAUUUCUGAUGAGUAUAGCCUACUUAGACCCAGGAAAUAUUGAAUCUGAUUUGCAAUCUGGAGCUGCUGCAAAGUACAAUUUGCUCUGGGUUCUCAUGUGGGCAACAUUUUUAGGACUUCUUAUGCAGAGGUUGGCAGCUAGGCUAGGUGUUGUGACUGGCCUUCAUUUAGCGGAAGUUUGUCAAAGAAGAUUCCCUCCAGUUCCUCGUUAUUUAUUGUGGAUAAUGGUUGAAAUAGCCAUUGUUGGGUCAGAUAUGCAAGAAGUUAUUGGAACUGCUAUAGCUUUUUAUCUCCUUUCUAAUAAAGGAAUUCCUCUUUAUGCUGGAGUAUUGAUAACAAUUGUUGAUACUUUCACUUUUCUACUUUUGGAUAAAUAUGGUCUGAGAAAAUUGGAGUUCUUUUUUGCAUUUCUAAUCACAGUGAUGGCAGUUACAUUUGGAUAUGAGUAUGUGGUAGCUAGUCCUAAUCAAGGUGAAGUUGUUGAAGGUUUGAUAGUUCCAAUGUGUAGAGGUUGUGAUAAUCAAGCACUUUUACAGGCUGUUGGUAUUGUUGGAGCUGUGAUUAUGCCACAUAAUUUAUACCUUCAUUCAGCUCUUGUCAAGUCUAGGGAAGUGGAUAGAAGAAAUCAGAAGAAAGUCAGAGAAGCUAAUAUGUAUUACUUCAUUGAAUCUGCAGUUGCAUUAUUCGUCUCAUUAAUAAUAAAUAUAUUUGUGGUUUCUGUAUUUGCUAAAGGAUUGUAUGGUAAAUCUAAUGCUGAUGUAUAUAACCUCUGUCAGAACACUACUUAUGCUGAUAUAUUUCCAAAUGAUAACUCUACUCUAGAAGUUGAUAUAUAUCGUGCAGGUAUAUAUUUAGGCUGUGAGUAUGGGAAUGUACCUUUAUAUAUUUGGGCAAUUGGUAUUCUUGCUGCUGGACAAAGUUCAACUAUGACUGGAACUUAUUCUGGACAGUUUGUCAUGGAAGGCUUUUUGAACCUUAAGUGGGCCCGUUGGAAGAGAGUUUUGUUGACCAGAUGUAUUGCCAUUGCUCCCACCCUCUUUAUUGCAAUCUACAGUGACAUUAGAGAUCUUAGUAAGAUGAAUGACUACUUAAAUGCUCUCAUGUCAUUACAAUUACCAUUCGCUCUUAUUCCAACAUUAAUAUUCACAUCUUCACUAAAUGUCAUGGGAGAUUUUCGAAAUGGAAUCGUCAAUAAAAUAAUCACAUGCCUACUAGCAAUAGUUGUGAUAGGCAUUAAUCUUUAUUUUGUUGAAGAAUUCGCUACAGACAAGCUUCCAAACACGUGGGCCCUUGACUUAGGAUUAUCACUUUACUUGAUAUUUUAUAUUUGUUUCAUAGCAUAUCUGGUUUUCUGCUUGUUGUUUGUUCUUGGUGUUCAAAGAGUUUCUGACAUUCCAGGAAUCGGGCGAUAUUUUAGAGAGCCGAAUGAAAUGAAGCUGCCUUCCUCGGAACCUGAAAAAGAAAUGUAUAAAUCUACUGAAAAUUCAUCACCUAUAACCUUGCGCUAUGUAGACUCUAAUAUCCAGUGAUGUGCUUGAAUAGCUUAACAUAGCAUUGAAUGUGCACUAGUGAUGCAUGCUUUAGCAUUCCAUUUUUUGUUUCACCAAAUGUUUUAUGUUCUUGUAUGAGUGUCUUAUGCAUGUUCUGUGAGAGUUUAAUUUCUGAUUGUCUUUGAUUUUAGUUAUUGUGUUGAAGUCUUUCCAAAAAUCUAUUUUCAAAGUUCAAAAGUCUUAAAUGAGCCUAAGUACUAAAAUAUUCAAAAGUCACCACAUAAAAUCUAGUUUUCAUACAUUACUUAAGAUGGAUGAUAAAAAAUAAUCGAAUUUCCUGCUCCUUUUUAACUAAAGAAAAAGUUAAUUUAUUUCAUUAAAUAAAUUUAUUUUCUAAAUUAAAAAAUAGCUAAUAUAAAAAUUGUAAAUAUUGAUAGCAGAGCUAUUUUUGUAAAAAAAAUACUUACAAUAUAUCUUUGAACAAAACAGAAAUGGUCAAAAUAUUUUUGAUUUGAUCUGUAUUUUUUUUUUUUUUGUACAGUUUUGUGGUUAGGUAUGGGAAUUUUUGGUAAAUAAUUAAAUCACAACUAAUUUGAUAUGAGAAUUUGAUUCAGGCAUUCUGGGUUCGAAGUUAUUCUGAUUUAGCUGAUAAAAAAUAUUAUGUCCUGAUUUUUAACUUUUUGUUCUGACAUUUCUGAUUUUUUGUGUGUGUUUAGAAUGUCCCAUUUUCUACAAAAACAAGUGUGAAUUUUAAAAUCGAUUUGAAAAAUUAAAAGAUUUGGAUUCUCAACCCAACAUCUAUUUAUUUUAAUUAAUAAUGCUUGUAAAAAUUGCAAAUUUUGAUAGUUCAAACUUAGGGAUGAUCCAUUAAUUAUUUACAUGGUUCAGGCAUGCAACCUUAUUCGUAGGAUUCAUGUUUUUCUGCAAUUUCCCUUUUCUAAUUUUUUGCCAUUUUUCUGAUUUUUUUUUGAAUAAUUUUUUUAAAUACAAAAUAUUUUUUUUAUUAUGAUGCACUUUUCAAAAUCUCUAAAUAAUAAUUAAAUCAACUUUAAAUUCAUGUAUUGAUAAAGAGUGAGGUCAGAGUGGCUUAUUCAGAUGUCAUUCCCUAAAAAGCAAUUUAACUUUAUUUAAUUAAAACUUUAUAUUACUAACAUUCCAAUGUUUCAAAAAAAUAUGAACGUUUUUCAAACUCUAUAUUUUCUGAUGUGUUCAUUUGUUUGCCGUAAAUUAAUUCAUAAAAUUUUUAAAAAACUGAUGUAAAUUACUGUUAUUUAGUACAGUCAACCCCGCUUAAAGGAAUACCAUCGGUUCCAGCCAACUCUAUUCCAUUAAGCGGGUUAUUCGAUUAAUAGGGGAGUGCAUUAUUCGAUAUUAAAUACUAUGUUUUUAUAAAAUUUUACUUUUAAAUGGUAUUUAUUACAUAGUAUGAUGUUUUGAUUAAAUAAACUCAAUUUUAUGAUCAACAAACAAUUAUAAUUAAAACUAUCAAUAUUAGUUAUCAUUAAAUAUAAAUCUCAUUUAAAGUAAUAAUAAAAUAGAUCAAUGGUAAUGAAAAAUAUAAUAUACGUACUAUAAUAUUAUUUUAUUCCAAAAAAAUCUGUAAUAGAAGACUGUUUUGAUACACGCUUAAUAGAACAUUUCUCUACUUCUUUUUCUAAGUUGUACAGUACAUUAUAGUCCCCUCCAUUACAUUCAAAAUGUCAUCUUAUUGUGGCUAAAGAAUUGUAAACCUCAUUAAUUUUUGGAGGAUGGGGUGGAUCGUCCUGGUCCUCAUCUUCCUCUUCUGCUUGUUCGGCAAUUGUCGUGGUAUUCUCUUCUAAUUCGAUGUCUUCCUCUUCAUCCAAAUUUAUAAAUUCCAUCCAAUCAUUGUCUGUCAUGCCCAACCCUUCAAAUUCGGAAUUCAAAAAUUCUUCUAAGUCGUAGAUGACUGGACUGUUUCAUCAUCUCUAAUUUCCUCGGGUGGGAAAAAUUGGGCUUUUUUGAAGCAGUUCUUAACCACUUCCAUUGGGACACUAUCCCACACACGUUUCACGAAGUGCAUUGCCGUCAAGAGGUUUAUUUUUUUAUAAACUGACAGCAAUGAUUCUUCUGGUGUAGCUUCUUCCAAGAAGCGCAAGACCUCUUGAAUCACUUGCUUUCGAUAGCGGGCUUUAAAGGAACGGAUAAUUCCCUGAUCAAGAGGUUGAAUUUUGCAAGUUGCAUUCGCGGGAAGAAAUUGUAAAAUGAUAUUGGUCAGGCGUAGUGAGUCUAUUUUAUGACUAGAAACAUUGUCAAGAAAUAAGACUACUUUUUUAUUUCGCCGUUUAAAAUCCAAAUCUAAGUCGACCAACCAUUUUCUAAAAAUGUUCCUCGUCAUCCACGCAUUUCGAGAAUGCAUAUACGGAAUCGGGCACUUCUGUAUCCCUUUUAAGCACCUCGGCUGCUUGCUUUUUCCAAUCAUUAAGGGCUCAAGCUUUUCUGUCUCCGCUUGAUUGGCACAAAAUAAUAAAGUCACUCUGUCUUUAUUUUUCUUAUAACCUGGGACUUUUUCUCCUCUUUUAGCCAAUGUUCCUGAUGGCAUUGCGCGGUAAAAAAGGGCCGUUUCAUCGCAAUUGAAAAUAUUCUCCGCACCAUAUUCCUGAAGCAAAGGCACUAAUGUCUUUUCUCGCCAAAUUUCACAUGUAGAAUCAUCUGUAGAGCCAGAUUCUCCAUGUCCGAUCUUGAAACUUAAAUUAUUCCGCUGCUGCCAUCUGUAAAGCCAACCGUUUGAAGCAAUAAACUUUUCACAGUUUUCAAAAUUUUUUGAAAUUUCCAUUGCUUUCUGUUGGAUCAUUGCUCCGUUGAUCAAUGCACCUUUAGCUCUUUUCGCUUGAAACCAGUCCAACAUAGCUUGAUCUACGUCAUCAAAAUUCGAUUUUCUCUUUCUUUUUCUACUGAGGCUUCCAUUACUCGCAUAUUCCUUUCGAAUGCUUUCACCAUUUUUUUUUAUCCUCGAAACUUGAGUUUGAGAAAUUCCAAAUUUAUUCGCAAUUUCAGAUUGGGAUUUUUUAAAAUUUAUUUCUUCCAAGACUUCUAUUUUUUUAGAUAAACUCAAAUCAUUCCUUUUCGUGCUCAUCGUGCAACCAACUCAAGAGUAAGCAUUCACUGAAGUAAGCAAUGAUUAUUCCACUUUGGAGAAAGGAACCCUGUAUAGUGUAAAAGCAGGCUUUUUAAACUUCAUCUUAUCAAAUAACGCACCAUGAGGGGACUAGAAGUCUUUACCGUAAAAUAAAUCACUCUAUACCUUCCGGGUGUGCUAAUGAAUAGUGUCAAAACCCCCUUCGUUUACUCUAAUGUACAACUGUCAACAACAUUUGAUGAAUGCUUAAACCAUUAACACCUGUUUAGAGCAGCAAAUGAAUAGGAAGAGCUAUUGAAGUGAUCACCGAAUGUAUUCUUAUCAUCUUAACCGAAAAACGGAAAUUCCAUUCUAGCUGGGGGAAACUUUUCUUUAAAAAAAAUUCAACACAGUAUCUUCUUUAUGCAAUUAAGCGAGGACUGGAAACAACAAAUAACCGUUUAAACGGGGAAAUGUAACAUUAGUUACAUAUAAAAUGAUUUGGUUCCAUUAAAUUUUAUUCGUAUAAGCGGGUUAUUCGAUUAUCCGAGGGGCGAUUAAGUGGGGACGACUGUAAUACAUAAUUUGAUAUUUUACCCUCAUGAAGCAGCAUUUCAAGACAAAUUUUAUAAAUUGAUACCUUUAUUGCAUAUACAAUAGUCUUCAUAAAUAUUUUUCAAAAGCACUCCAUUAAUAUUUUUUAUUUCCUGUGCUUUCUUUUUUCGCUUUGCAAUUUACGGCUUGCUUUUUCAGACUUGACAUAACUUGUUUUUAAGGACUAAAAUACUAAUUUGGUUUAUAUGCAUUCCUUAUAUUUUAUACAUAAAAUUUAAGAAAACAAAAACAUAACUUUUAAUAAAAAACAAAUAAUUUAUGACGAAAAUUUGACAGUUUUUUGCAGUAUUCUUAUUUAUACAUUAAGUGGCUUAUAAAAGCAUUAAUUAAAAAAAGUGUUCAUUCCUGCCUUGGGUGUAAUUUUUACCAUUUUUUUAUAAAAAAAAAAGUUCAAUUGUUUCUUGAGCUUAUUUUCUUGAUACUUUUAUUUUGAAAACUAACAUCACCGUUAAUUUUAUUUGGCGAUUCCACUUGUAUAUUGUAAACUAAUCAAAACACUUUUGACUCAAUGAGUUGAGAAGUAACAACAAUUAUGCUAAACUUUGGUAAUAAUAUGGCAACUCUUUCUAAUUUUCAAUAAAGGAAAAUGAGCUAUUAAAUUUUUUUUUUUCUUCUCCUGCAACAAAUGAUAUGUGAUCAUUGUUAAAAAAGAAAGAAAAACAUUUACAAAAUUGUAAGAAUUUUCGAAAAAUUAAAAUUUUGGUUGAAAUGCUCGUUAAGUUAAUAAAUAACAAUGGACUUUCAGCAUGUUAAAUUUCAACUCUGCAAGUUGCUUUUCUGUGAGCUGCAGGGCUGCUCGCACAGUAUUUUAUUUAACUUAUGAUUGUUAAUAAUUCCUGAACUAAGGAUUACAUGUUAAAACGUUUAAUUCCAUCAUACUUUCUAUAGAUUCUAUCCUACACCUUAAAAAUUUCACAUUUCUAAAUAUUUCCACUCAGCUCACAAAAUGCAACGUAAAGUUGAAUGCCAAGAGCAUCAGUGGUGGCUCUUGCAAUUUUUUAACAUUCAGUGAAAUCACCAUAAUUUGCCUGAUAAACUUUUGAUUCUAAUGUACAUUUUUAAUUAUUAAUUCUUUUUAUAGCUUUUAGCCCUUAAGUUUAGUCUAUUUUAUUUAUAGCUUCUGUUUCGUUUGUUUAUGUCAUUAAUGUAGAUGCAUUUAAAAUGAUUGAUGUUUUAUACAUUCCAUUUACAUAUCUUAUUUUUUCACUCUAUAUUUUAAAUAAGGCAAAUGUUAGCUGAAUAAGGAUUCAACUCAUCUAUUUAAAUCGCUUUAAAUCAUAAUUUAUUUUUCAUAUUUUUUAUAGUUUGAAUUAUAUAAUUCAUUUUAAGUAUAUUAAUGCAAGAUUUCACCAUGAAAGAUCUUUAUUUAUUGAAGGUACUUAAUCAAUUGAAAUAUUUUGUAAAUAACUUUUUAUUGUUUGAAAAUUAUUUUUACUUUUAAUGCAUGCAUUAAAGUUUCUUAAACUUGGUUAAAAGCCAGCGACUAACCAUUCCUUAAUUUUUUUUGUCUCAUCUGACACUCAAUUGUCGUCAAAAAAAGUUUCGAAAAGCAAGACCUGUUAGAUGAUAAAAACUUGAUCUCUUUAUUUCAAUCCUUUUUAUUGUAUAUAAAUUAUUUUAUUAAUUAUAGAUUGUUUUUAUAGUAAUAUUAAAUGUAUUUAAUUGUACUAUUCAAACUUGGCACCAAUCAUGAAUCAUUUCUUAAUUUUUGCUAUCAUCAUGUUUAAUUUAUAGUGCCUUCUACAAUUAAGCACAGAGAAGAAUAUAAGGAUCAUGUAAUCACUAACUUUAUAAAAAUGACUGAAAUAAUUUAAAAAUUACCUUUUAAGUGCAAUAAAAUAUUUGCCUGUUUAUAAUACAUCAUUUUAAAUAUAUAAAAUUGUUAACGAGCUUAUAUUUAAGGAACACUUAUAACAAUAACAUUUUUUAUAAAUAUAAUUAGUAUUAUAUAUAAAAUCUUCGUUAAUAUUUUAUGACAUUUAUUCACAUGAAAUUUAUCUAUGUAUUAUAUAUUUUAAUUUAAAUCUAUUUAUAUAAAUAAUGUAAUCAAAGAGCUUUUAUCUGAGAUUUUUAUAUUUGUUACUGGUAUGUAUAGGUUUAAAAAGACUUGAUUAAAAAUUACGGAUACAGUU